AUGAGUGACUGCCUUUCUAAUUUAGUAUUCUGGCCCUACGCCGGGUCCUUCAGUUCCCACCCAGGUUACGUUGCUGCCCUCGCCACUGGUGAGAGCCUCUCCAGUGCUGCUAGUGCUGCUGUUGUCGCCAUACAGAGCGCCUGUGGCUUUGGUCCAACCGUGUAUUUCGCCAUUAUUGGUAGUAUUGUUAUGUGCUGUAUCGCCUCCUUCUUCCUCCUCCAUUUCGGCUACAGUGGCAAGGCCUUGCACGAUUUCGUUCGUGAGGGUCCGACUUCUGAUAGCCCUACAGCCUCAGUAGCAUCCCAUAAGGAGCACGGCCUAUUCUCACGAAAGAGCAAGCGGUUCCUCGCAUCCUACAUCCUCAUCGCGUGGCUCUCCUUCGUUCAGAAUGCUUUGACUCCCACGUUUCUCCCCUUUGCUGGUAGGGCCUACCCUGCUGGUUAUCGCCUGGCUCAAAACGUCCUCUUCGCGUUCGCCCCUGUAGCCUCUAUGGGAGCUGCUUGGCUCCUAGGUGCGCAUUAUCGUAAGAAUUGCCUCGUUACAAGUGCUGAA